AUGCCACCCAAGCGCAAGGGCCGUUUUGCAACACACGGAGGACCAGACAACAGCACGCAGACAAGUUCGAAAGAAACAAGAUUCGCCAGGUCCAUACUGGAUGCCGUCCGAAUCCUGAUCGCGCAAUCGCUGUUCGUCGUGUUACCAGCAUACCUUAUAACUGGCGCGACCGACGUGGCGUGGCGGAUGUUCUGCAUAUCCGCGUAUACCUUCGCCAUCAAUAUGGUCACCUGGCUUGCUUACCGCACGAGCAAGUGGCCGGAGCACAUCUUGACCACCAUACUCUACCUAGCUCUCAUCACCUUCGGAGGCUGGCCAGCAGCUCUCGUAUGUCAAGGUUACUUCGGCGCUGGCAGCAGAUCCUACCUGCCCGGGUUCCUUGGCUGGGUCAACAUUGCUCUCUGCGCGGUAGCCGGCGAGGUCAUUUUGGUCCGGUAUGCGGAGGACGACGAUACAUUGGCGGGAACGUCGAAGAGACACACUUGCGAUGUGCUCACCGAGUGGAUCAAGAUUCAAUCAUGCCAGCCUGUUACCUGGUGGUUCAAUCGCUGGGUCUGGGGAUAUAUUGUCAGAAUGAUUUGA